CGUGGUUUUCCCAUCUCAUCCCUGGAGGAGGGGCUGGAGCAUCCCGGGCAGCCAAUCAGAGACAGGCUGGGGGGGCGCUUUGAAGAAGUUUGGGGAAAAAAGUUUGGAAAAGUUUCUAUAAUAACGAGGGGGCGUCCGGAGGGAGGCAGCAGCGGCGGAGGAGGGGGCGUCUCAGAGAAGGGAGGGCGGGAGCCACGGGUCAAGAUACUGCAGCCUCCUGAGAUUCCCCCCUCCCACCCAGACCGGGACCUGGGGGCUCUGGCCGGAUCCAUGGGGGCAGCAAGCUGCGAGGAUGAGGAGCUGGAAUUUAAGCUGGUGUUCGGGGAGGAAAAGGAGGCCCCCCCGCUGGGCGCGGGGGGGUCGGGGGAAGAACUGGACUCAGAGGACACCCCACCAUGCUGCCGUCUGGGCCUGGGGGAGCCUCCUCCCUAUGGUGCUGCCCCUAUUGGCAUUCCCCGGCCCCCACCCCCUCGGCCUGGCAUGCACUCCCCACCACCCCGCCCGGCCCCCUCACCUGGCACUUGGGAGAGCCAGCCAGCCCGGUCAGUGAGGCUGGGGGGGCCGGGAGGGGGCUCCGGGGGGGCUGGGGGAGGCCGUGUUCUUGAGUGUCCCAGCAUCCGCAUCACCUCUAUCUCUCCCACUCCCGACCCGCCAGCUGCGCUGGAGGACAACCCAGAUGCCUGGGGGGAAGGAUCCCCCAGGGAUUACCCCCCACCAGAAGGCUUUGGAGGCUACCGAGAGGCAGGGGCCCAGGGCGGGGGUCCCUUCUUCAGCCCGAGCCCUGGCAGCAGCAGCCUGUCUUCCUGGAGCUUCUUCUCAGAUGCCUCUGACGAGGCAGCCUUGUAUGCAGCCUGUGACGAGGUGGAGUCUGAGCUAAAUGAGGCGGCCUCCCGCUUUGGCCUGGGCUCCCCACUGCCCUCACCCCGGGCCUCCCCUCGGCCGUGGACCCCCGAUGACCCCUGGAGCCUGUAUGGUCCGAGCCCUGGAGGCCGGGGUCCAGAGGAUAGCUGGCUACUCCUCAGCGCUCCUGGGCCCACCCCAGCUUCCCCACGACCUGCCUCUCCAUGUGGCAAGCGGCGCUAUUCCAGCUCAGGAACCCCAUCUUCGGCCUCCCCAGCUCUGUCCCGCCGAGGCAGCCUAGGGGAGGAGGGGCCUGAGCCACCUCCAGCACCCCCAUUGCCUCUGGUCCGGGACCCGGGCUCCCCUGGCCCCUUUGACUACACGGGGGCACCACCAGCCGAGAGCAUCCCCCAGAAGACCCGGAGGACUUCCAGCGAGCAGGCGGUGGCCCUGCCUCGGUCUGAGGAGCCUGCCCCGUGCAAUGGGAAGCUGCCUUCGGGAGUAGAGGAGGCUGGGGCUCCUCCCGGGGGUCCUCGGAAGGAGGUGGCCGGCAUGGACUACCUGGCGGUGCCUUCCCCACUGGCUUGGUCCAAGGCCCGGACUGGGGGACACAGCCCCAUCUUCAGGACCUCUGCCCUCCCCCCGCUGGACUGGCCUCUGCCCAGCCAGUAUGAGCAGCUGGAGCUGAGGAUCGAGGUGCAGCCCAGAGCCCACCACCGGGCCCACUAUGAGACAGAGGGCAGCCGGGGAGCUGUCAAAGCUGCCCCUGGUGGUCACCCCAUUGUCAAGCUCCUAGGCUACAGUGAGAAGCCACUGACCCUACAGAUGUUCAUCGGCACCGCAGAUGAGAGGAACCUGCGACCUCACGCUUUCUAUCAGGUGCACCGUAUCACAGGCAAGAUGGUGGCCACGGCCAGCUACGAAGCUGUAGUCAGUGGCACCAAGGUGUUGGAGAUGACCCUGCUUCCUGAGAACAACAUGGCAGCCAACAUUGACUGUGCCGGAAUCCUGAAGCUUCGGAAUUCAGACAUUGAGCUGCGGAAGGGUGAGACGGACAUCGGGCGCAAGAACACACGCGUGCGGCUGGUAUUCAGGGUACACGUGCCCCAAGGCAGCGGGAAGGUCAUCUCGGUGCAGACAGCAUCGGUGCCCAUCGAGUGCUCCCAGCGCUCAGCUCAGGAGCUGCCCCAGGUGGAGGCCUACAGCCCCAGUGCCUGCUCCGUGACGGGAGGGGAGGAGCUAGUGCUGACUGGCUCCAACUUCCUGCCAGACUCCAAGGUGGUGUUCAUCGAGAGGGGCCCUGACGGAAAGCUGCAAUGGGAGGAGGAGGCCACAGUGAACCGGUUGCAGAGCAAUGAGGUGACGCUGACCCUGACCAUCCCCGAGUACAGCAACAAGCGGGUGUCCCGGCCAGUCCAGGUCUACUUUUACGUUUCCAACGGGCGGAGGAAGCGCAGUCCUACCCAGAGUUUCAAGUUCCUGCCUGUGAUCUUCAAGGAGGAGCCUCUACCGGACGCAUCUCUCCGGGGCUUCCCUUCAUCAUCGGGGCCCCACUUCGGCUCUGACAUGGACUUCUCACCACCCAGGCCCCCCUACCCCUCCUAUCCCCAUGAAGACCCUGCUUAUGAAACUCCUUACCUGUCAGAAGGCUUCAGCUAUGGCACGCCCCCUCUGUACCCCCAGACGGGGCCCCCGCCAUCCUACAGACCUGGCCCGCGGAUGUUCCCUGAGACUGGGGGUACCACAGUGAGUGAGAUCAUUGGCCGAGACCUGAGUGGCUUCCCUGCACCUCCUGGAGAAGAGCCUCCCGCCUGAACCAUCGCCUGGCCCCUGCUCCCCCCUGCCCUGCCCACUUUCCCUUCAUCCUGGGAUGGCGGUUCCAGAGGCUUGGGGGCCAAUCUGGUUCCUCUUUCCCCAGUUUCUUGCCUGCUCUCCCCUGCCCUCCCUUCCCUCCCCUAGCUGAGGUGUGGCCCCCCCCCGGGGCCUGGUGCUGCCUUGGAGGGCUGGGGGCGGGGGAACAUGGAGGCCUGGGAUGGGGGUGGACCCUGGGGGGGCUACUGGGAGCGAGGACUGGAGGACUGCCCGGAGUGAAGGCCGUGUCUAGAUUGUGUACAGACCACGGUGCUGGGAGGCUGGGGCCAGGUUGAUGGGUAAUAAACUGCUCGCUGACUAGUG